UUAUAACUGACCUGGGAAAAAAAAUGACCUGUACCGUACCGUACUGCUGCGCUGCCCAUCGGAGAGCUGGAAGAAACGGCGGCGCUCAUGGAGGCGCCGCCACCGGAGAUCGACGCGCAUCCUCCUUCCUCGGCGCCGGCGACCGCUUUUUCGUCCUCGUCGCCGACGGAGCGCGCCGCCAUGCGAAUCAGGGCUAAGAGAACCCGCUAUGCCUCUGCCUCCCCAGUCUUUGCUGCAUCCAGGCCGUGUGGAUGGGCAGAGCUCCCGGAAGAUUUUCUCCAAUCAUUAGUCACUCGCCUCGGCUCCUUCCGCGACCUCCUUGCCUUCGGUGCCACCUGUCGUCCUUGGCGUGAUCUAUUGUCAGCACGCACGCCCUCUUUGCAGCCUCUCCUCCUCCACCCGAGUACCGACAGCCAACGAUCUCCCUGGUAUCACCAAUGGAUUGUUUUCCAGGAAUGCACAUGGAAAUUGUCCGAUCCGUGGAGAUUGGCUGAUUCUGCUGCCGCCUCAUCCUGGCACAGUUUGCUUUCCUUGAGUGACCUCAGAAGAAUGUUCUUUCUGCGCUGCUCCUACGGUCACCUCAUCUUCUGCGACGAAGAUGGGUUCUACAUUGUUAAUGCGUUCAGUGGUGCUAAGGUUGUGCCUCCUCGCCUCAAGUCAGGUAACUUCACUCGUGUUAGCUAUGCUACCUUGACUGCCCCUGUUACAUCUGCGGACUCGCGUCUCCUUGUCGGCAGUGGAGUCUAUCUGUUCCAGUGGCGCAUCGGGAGCGACUCUUGGUCAGAACACUGUCCUAAAGUUCUUCUUCUUAAGAUUGAACAAAUCGUGGCCUUCAAGGGUAAAACAUACGCCCUAGGGUCUUUUGGAUCCUUCUGCAUCGUACACUUGUCACCUAGUCUCAUAAUUCAGAAGUUUAAACUUGUGUUUGAGGAAGAUAGAACCGAAGAUCUCUAUUGGACAAAUCAAAAAACAUGGCUUGUGGCGUGCGGCGAUGCACUUCUUUUGAUCAAACUUGAGGCAGGAAGGAAGAUAUGCUCGGAGGUUGAGCCCAUCCAGUUCAAGGCCUUCAAACUCAAGUCACUGGACGCCGUGAACAAGAAGGCAAGGUGGGUGAAGUUGGACAGGUUGGAUAACUGGGCCAUCUUUGUCAGCGCUGACGUGCGAUGUGAGGCGUUGCCAUGCAUGAACCCGGAGAGAUGGGGAGGGAAAAGCAACCACAUAUACUUCCCAUGUUAUCAGUCUGAAGAACCGUGGGCUGCAGUCAAACUAUGGAAAAAAUAUAACGACCUUGCGAGAUGUUUGCAGCUCGUGAAUACUGGAAUCCAGUUCCAUAGAUUGGAGUCAACCUGGAUCCUUCCCGGCACAUUUCCUCGCUCUGGUCAGCAAUGAUCUUAGGGCAAUUGAGGAUGCGGCCGGUGAUUAGCUUCUGAUACAGCUUUCUUGGGGGGAUUCUACCAUGUUACAGUUGCAGGAUGGGUAGUUUACCGAAUGUUCUUUUGGCUUGUCUCAGAACUUAAAAGUUUUCACUGUAAAGAUCAUUGAUUCCGCACUAUCCUUUUUUGGCGAUUAUAAGGGACCAUAUAUUUAAUUUCUCAUCCACUACUGAUUGUAGAGUUUUCUUGUACUUGGGUAACUUGAUAACAUGAUCUGGGCUGCAACUUCCUUUCAUACUAGAUACCUAAGGUGUU